AUGAAUUGGCUUUUGAAUAUUCUCUGCAUACUAAACUUUCAAAUUUCAUGUACUAAAGCUCAACAAGAAUACUCAGGUAGUUCAGUAUUGAAUUGUGAAAACGUCGAAACGAAUUACUCUUGCAAUGGAAGAAAUUUCACUUGUCAAGCAUUUCUCAUAUUCAAGGCUAGGGAUCCUUAUAAUUCAGUACCUGGAAUUGCUGCUCUCAUGUCUUCAAACAUGUCUGAGAUUGCACGUAUCAACAAUGUCACGAGGCUUACAGUGUUCGCACCAGAAAAGGAGGUUAUAAUUCCAGUGGACUGCUCUUGUUCAGGUUUGUAUUAUCAAGCCAAAACCAUGUACUAUAUAUCAGCUGUUAUUGAAACAUACUUUGUGAUAGCAAAUAAUACUUAUCAAGGAUUAUCAACCUGUAAUGCAUUAGUAUGUCAAAAUGAAUACGAUGAGUUUAGUUUGAGACCUGGUCUUGAGUUGCAAGUUCCUCUCAGGUGUGCCUGUCCAACAGCAAAACAAGCUGCAAAAGGCUCAAAGUAUUUGAUGACUUAUUCAAUAAACGUUGGCGAUGACAUCCUUACAGUCUGCAAAAGAUUUAACGUUAAUGUAAGGAACAUAACCGAAGCAAAUGGAUUCUUGGAUGAAAAUUCUGUUUUGUAUCCUUUUACAACCAUUCUAAUUCCCCUGCCUUCUGAACCAUCAAAUUUAGAUACCGGAAAUGAGAAUUAUAGAAAACCUAUUAGGUCGUUUUCACCUCCAUCUGCAGCUAAUGCUUCAAAGGGAAAAUCAAAGAGAAAUCUUUACAUAGGUAGUGGAGUUGCAACAGGCUUUGUGGUUUCUUGGGUCAUCCUUCUUGCUUUGUUUAAGAAAAGAGAUAGCAAAUUUCCGAGGAGGUCUUCAAGUCAUGAAGAUAUCCUCGUGGAGAUCGCGAACAUAGAUCAUGUCCCUAAGGUUUUUAAGUUCAAAGAAUUGAAGCACGCUACGCGAAACUUUGACUCCAAGAACUGGAUAAAGGGAUCUGUAUACUGGGGAGGGUUUAAAGGGGAAAUCUUAGCAGUCAAAAUGGCGAUCACGGAUGUAUCUAGAGAAGUGAACAUACUACAUAAGAUCAAUCACUUCAAUCUAAUAAAGCUUUGUGGCUAUUGUGAACAUAAAGGUUGCUUCUUUCUUGUCUUUGAAUACAUGAAAAAUGGCUCUCUCAGGGAAUGGCUGACCAGAACCAAGUGUCAAGAUACCAUCAGCUGGAAAAAUAGGAUUCAGAUUGCGUUGGAUGUAGCUAAUGGACUUCAUUAUCUUCACAGCUUUACCAAACCAGGCUACAUCCACAAGAACAUCAACAGUAGAAACAUUCUCCUCGACAACAACAUACGAGCAAAGAUUACAAACUUCAGUGUUGCUAAAGAAACGGAUACAUCAGGCAGGAGUUGGUAGCUUGUGGGGACAACAGGAUACAUGGCUCCUGAGUACGCUGAGAGAGGGACAGUGACUUCAAAGAUGGACAUUUAUGCCUUUGGAGUUGUACUGUUGGAAUUAGUCACCGGCAAAGAUGCUGUAAUUGUAGAGGAAAGUGGAGAAAUUCUACUUUCUGCUGCAGUAGCUGCAAUAAUGGAAGGAGAAAAUGCAGAAAUUGAACUGGAUGGAUUCAUCAAAGCAGAUAUAAGGGAAGAUAGUGAUUUGGAAAUAGCAAUGUCAGUAGCCAACCUAAGCUUAAGAUGCUUGACUCGAGAACCAACAAAUCGUCCAAGCAUGGAAGAGACAGUAUCAUGUUUACUGAAGAUUCAAGUAAAUGUACAUAAGGCAGAAUAAACCAGUUAGAAUUAAGAAUAUGGACAUUUUUUUUGCAUUUCUUCUAGAGCCUAGACUAAGGCCUCAUUUGUAUUUUUUAAGAUUCAGACGUCUAAAUUCUGAAU